AUGCUGAAGUGUGAUUAUCACUUGUGUCUUUCUGUCUACAUCAUCACCUUCAUCACCGGCUUCCCAGCCAACAUCCUGGCGUUCUACACAUUCAGCCGCAAGGUUUGGAAGAAGCCGACCCCCAUCGACAUCCUCCUCCUCAACCUCACCAUCUCAGACCUGCUCUUCCUCAUCUUCUUACCCUUUAAGAUGCAAGAAGUGGCCAAUCAAAUGAUCUGGAGUAUAACAUACGAACUGUGUCCACUGUCUGGCUUUGUGUUCUACAUGACCAUCUACAACAGCACCUUCUUCUUGACCGCGGUAAGCGUGGAGCGCUACCUUGGAGUGGCCUUCCCCAUCCAACACUCCUUGAGGAGAAGACCAGUUUACGCCGUGCUGGCCAGCAUCUUCAUUUGGAUGUUUUCAGUUCUCCACCUGAGCAUCGUCUACAUCAUGCCCUACUACGACCCAUCCGGAAUGGCACCCGUUCAACGGAACAUCUGCUAUGACGAAUUCUCCGAUGCUCAGCUUGAGAUCCUCCUACCCGUACGUCUGGAGCUAUGUGUGGUUCUCUUCUGCAUUCCUUUUCUUAUUUGCAGCUUCUGCUACAUAAACUUCAUUCGCAUACUCUUGAGGCUGCCAAACAUUGGCCGGCGGAGGAGGUUGAGGGCAAUUGGUCUGGCUUUGGGCACACUUUUGGUGUUUGCACUCUGUUUUGGACCCUACAACGUCUCCCAUGUGGUUGGCUUUGUUAUCAAGCAAAACCCAGGGUGGAGGAACAAAGCCCUGCUUCUCAGCACGUUCAAUGCCUGCUUGGACCCGCUUAUAUUUUACUUCACUUCAGCAGCGGUGAGGAAUACCCUGGGCACAAUGGCAAGGGGCAUUUGGACUGGGGCAAGGGGCAUUUGCCACUGGAGUUCUAAAAGGAAUGUCACUGAAACAGAGAAAAACGGCCUUCCAAAACCACAAGAGAUCAACGCCCUUUGA